AUGUUCGACGAAUAUCCUGCUGCAAGUUCUGAUGUUAACGUCAUUGAAUUAUUGUGGUCAUGGAUGAACCACUUUGUUCAACAACGUCGUCCUAGUUCUCAACAACAUCUCGAACAAUUAGUUAUCGAUGCUUGGAAUCAAAUUCCACGAUGUGUAAUACAUGUUUACAUUGAUCAUAUUCAAGAUAUUUGCUACCAAGUAAUAGUGAACCAAGGAUGGGAAACUUCAGGAUAA